CGCAACAGUCGCGUUCCAACCGUACCGCCGCCCGGUCGCAAACCGCCGCCCGGCACACACCGCACGCAAACAGUGUAGAAAAAAAUAAUAUCGAAAUCAUUUUACACACAUAUACACUCGCACGCGUAUAAUUUCUUUUUCGCGUGUGUGUCCGCGUGAUCCGGUGCCGCCGCAGGUAUAAGGGGGAAUCGUUUUGGUGUCGUCGAAUUUUUUUUUACCGUUUUUCCGCGCAUGUCGACGGUCUGCUGUAUUGCCGUUGACUCGAUCCGGAAACCGACCGCCGUUGAAUAUCCGUUUCCGCGCACCCGCGCGAGUGCAGUGAUUCCAACAACAGUAUUGCGACCAUCGCCGUUGCAGUGUGCGUUUGUUCUCAUAUGUUUAUGUACAUUUUCACGUCGUACAGUAUAAUAUAUUACAUAGGUAUAUGCGCGUAGGCACACCGGUCGUACUGUAAAGACUGCAACGAUUCGUUUCGCAUUGCAAGGACCGCAGUCGCCGUCCGCGUAAUUGAGCGCGAUAGAGCGCGAACCUCGGCACAUCAUCAUCAUCGGUGCAGCAUCGACAUGAUCAUGGAUUCGUCAAAUGCCGGCGCGGAAUCCACCGGCUCCGGCAGCGACCGCAGCAGCAACGUGUCGACCAGCCCACCACCGCCGUCGUCCACGUCGUCCCAGCAGCAGCAGCAGCUCCAACAACAGCAAAUACAGCAAAUGCAACAGCAACCGGCCACGGGCCCGUCAUCAGUGGGCGGCGGUAGCAGCGUGGGUGGCAACAAGGACGGCAGUCCCAGGGACGAGCGGGGCAACAGCCCCAUGAUGAACCUCAUCAACACUUCACAGCACCACGCCAUCAUCACGCCAACGCGUGGACUCAGCCCGCCGGUGCCGCAGAGCGCGCCGCCGGUGGUGCCGGCUCCGGUGUCGUCCAUGAGCUCGCUCGCGUCCCGCAUACCCAUGGGACUGUUCAACUCGCUGGUGCACCACUCGUCGCCGCUCGAUCUGAUGGCCAUGGCCCAUCACCACCAACAGCAACAGCAACAGCAGCAGCAGCAACAGCAACACACGUCGUUGCAGCAGCAACAGCAGCAGCAGCAGCAACACCCGCCGCGGUCGUACAACAGCCCGCCGCCGAUCAGCAGCACCGACCCGGCCGCCAACGAGUGCAAGUUGGUCGAGUACCGCGGUCAGAAAGUGGCCGCGUUCAUGAUAGCCGGCGACACGAUGCUGUGCUUGCCGCAGGCGUUCGAGCUGUUCCUCAAACAUUUGGUCGGCGGCCUGCACACUGUCUACACCAAACUCAAGCGGCUCGACAUCGUACCGCUCGUGUGCAACGUCGAACAGGUACGCAUACUCCGCGGCAUGGGCGCCAUACAGCCGGGCGUGAACAGGUGCAAGCUGCUCUCGUGCAAGGACUUCGACACGCUAUACAGAGACUGCACGACCGCCAGGUGCAUGAUGUCGCACAAGCCGACUGACAGUUCUCGGCCCGGAAGACCGCCCAAGAGAGCGUCGUCCGUAGGCCUGUCUCUGGCCGCGUCGGCCUCGCACUUGAGUCAUCAGCUGAAGAAACACCGUCUCGAAAACGGAGACUACGUUGCUGGAGUUUACGAAAACGGACAUUUACAAGAUUCGCCCCGAAUGGAAAAGUCGCCGCUGCUGGCAAACGGAUACAAUCACCCACCCACGCACCUCGGACACAUGCAGUACAUGCAGCAGUUUAACCACCACCACCAUCAUCCGGCGGCCGCACACGCCAUCAUGAAUCCAGCCGGUCUGUCGCACCCCGCAUUACCCCGUCCCGACGCGCAGCUACUUAAGAGCCAAGGACUCUCCAUGGAAGCGUUGGCCAGUUCGGGUAUAUGGGAAAAAGCGUAUGCCGGCUUCAUGAAACAACUAGAAAGAGCCAACGACGAACGAGUGGGUGAUAUAAAUCGAGCGCUGAGCUUUGAUCAGAAAGCAAGGGAUUUGACAUCGCAAAACGGUUCGUCCGAAGGACACAGCCCAGUGUUGAACCUGUCCAAAACGGGAGGCGAUCAUUCGGGACCGGCCAGCGAUCAUUCGGCAGGCGGCAAUACAAACGUAGACGACGAAGACGACUUAGACGAAGACGAUGACAACAUUUCUGACGGCGAAGAAGACGAUAUCAAGGAUCACGACCUCAGCGACAAUCCGGACGUGGGAGGCAAUAGUAGCGCGCACGGUAGCGUUACGCCCCCACCACAGGCGUUGAACUUUGGUUCCGCCGGUUCCGGGGACAUGGGUUUACCGUAUAUGACCACUGAGUCGCUACUUCGGAAGAUACAAGCCCUGCUUAAGGCCGCUGCUGACAAGAUUCGAGAUGACGACCGCGCGUUGAACUUCGAAAAAGCCGAGUUGAAAAUGGACGUGCUCCGUGAAAGGGAAGUCAAAGGAAGUCUAGAACGACAGUUGGUCGACGCCCAAAAACUGCGGGUCGUUUACCAAAAGCGUCUGCGCAGAGAAAGAAAAGCCAGGAAACGCGUACAGGAUCAGCUGGAACAAGAGUUGAAGCGAAGGGCUCAACUGGAAGAGAUGAUCAAAGCGGCUGGUGCGCCAGCAGACGCACUCCGUGUACUAACAGAGAAUAACAACGAAAAGCCGAGGGAAAGGUCAGAGCAGUCACAGAGUCCGCAAAACUAUUCUUCGGGACAAGUACAACGGGGUUCGGAGACAUCCAAUGACAAGCAAUGGAACUAUUCGGGACUGGAUCUGAUGAGCUCGUCCGGGGCUGCCGCAUUCUGGCAAAACUAUUCCGAAACGUUUGCGCAGGAGCUCGAUCUGGAACGAAAAGCCAGGCAGCAACAGUCUGCCCAACAGAAUCAACAACAGAGCCAACACUCGGACAGAGACAUCAAAUCACCCGUUCCAGACAACAGGGCAAAGUUUUUCAAUAAUUCCGUAUUGUUCAGCACGGCAACAUAAUUGCGGAACAUAGUUUAAAAAUUUUAAAUAAUAUUUAAAUUGUACUUAAACAAUAUUAGUGAAGAUUUUCUCGUUUUGUAUCAUAUUAUAUACAUCAUAUUAUUAUAUUUAUAUUAUAAUAAGAUUAUUAAGUAUGUCGGCAUUUUUUUUCUUUUGUAUGCAUUUACGUAUGUGACUUUAUUAUGGGCUUUUAUGCAUGCAUUUCAAAUGCAUCAUAUUAUAUUAUUAUGUAUAUGUAUCAUGUAUUAUUAUUAUAGUAAUAUUAACUAUUAAAAUAUUAUUUAGAUGUAUCGUUAUAUUGUAUAGUGUUUCGCGAAGAACAAACGCAUAUUGCGUGUUGUAUUACACAUUGCUGCCGAUGUUUGUAUCGACCAUUGUGUAGACAGUACGAAAAGUGUUUGUAAUAUCAUGCGAUCUCAAAAAUCAUGACGUAAAAAUGACAUAUUGUAUUAUGUAAUGUUGCACGAACUAGGCGGGAAACUUCGCCUUGGUCGGACCCGACGAGUCUGUAUAAAUUAUAAUAUAAUAUAUAUAUGUAUAUGUAUGUGUAUAUAUAUAUAUAUAUAUAUAUAUAUAAUAGUAUAUAUUAUUUAUUGAUUCCAUUAUUAUAACUAAAUAAAAUUUACCGACUGAUUUUUAGAAAAAAAAAAAUUGUAAUUAAAAAUACUGUAUAAAUAUCUAUACGGAUCAAGCGUGUGUCGUUUGGUAAACAUUAUAUAUUGACUUUAAUUAAUGUAAAUGUCUCGUGUCUCCCCACCAGGAAAAAAAUAUUAUUGCAUUAUAACACGGUUAUACGUCCAAAAUUGUAUAAAUAUAAUAUAAUUAUUAUAAGUAGUUCCUUCUUUUGGUAUAUAUAUAUAUAUAUACAUAUAUUUUUUUUUUGUUAAACUAAAAACGAUACUUUCUCGUGACCAUACGUCAUGAUAAUAAUAUGUAUGUAUAAUAUAUUAUGUACCGCCUAAAUAUUCGAAUCGAUAUUUAAAGUUACAGUAAUAUCAAUAUUUAAAUAUAUAUUAUAUGUAUGUAUAAUGUUGUGUGAGGGACGCCCACGCGUUUUUUCGCAUUUUGUAUAGAAGUAUAAUAAUUUUAAUAUAUAUAUAUGUAUUGUGUAUCGGCGUAAUUUUAUUAAUUUAUUAAUUACUUUUUAUAUAAUAUUAAAUAAUUUAUAUACAUAUAAUUAUUAUGUGUAUAGAUAUUAAACAUAUUAUUAUAAUUAUAAUUAUUAGUAUUAUUACGUGUAAUACGGUUGUAGAUAAAACCAAAGAAGAAAAAAUUAAA